AGCUUCCCAGGCUCGGGCUCCCCGCGGCGCCGCCGGCCGGCCGCGCGGCCCCGGGCCAGGAGCGCCGCGAGAGCCGCCCCCCUCGGCGCGCCCGCGGGCCCCCCGCGCCGCGAGACAUGGCGCAGUUCCUGGCGGCGAACGCCACCGGCGUCGUCAGCGUGGACGCGCUCCCCGGCGCCUUCACGCCGCUGCAGGCAAUCACGAACUUCGAUUGGCAGUUGGACAAGAACCCCACAGAGGCCCUGUGGUCCGCCUUCGCCAUGAUCAUGGCGACAGAGCUGGGAGGGGACGAGACCUUCAUCAUCGCCGCAGUGAUGUCCAUGAGACACCCGAAGUUCACCGUGCUCGCAGGCGCCCUCUCCGCCCUCUACUUCAUGACGGUGCUCUCGGCCUUCCUGGGGGUCGUCCUCCCGAACCUCAUCUCGCAGGCUACGGUCCACUCGUGCGCCACCGUCCUGUACUGCUUCUUCGGUGCGCGGCUCAUGUGGAUCGGCGCGCGCGGCGAGGAGGAGAACAAGGAGGAGGACGAUUCGAGGAGGUUGAGAACGCGUUGAAGGAGUCCACUACCAGGAGCAGAGGUCGUUUGUUCGACGGACGUUUUCCAAGUUCUGCACCCCGAUCUUCCUGGAGGCACUGCUGCUCACGUUCCUGGCCGAGUGGGGUGACCGCUCGCAGAUCGCCACGAUCUCGCUGUCCGCGCACCUGAACCCCGUCGGUGUCAUCUUCGGAGCGAUCGCCGGCCACACCAUCUGCACCAGCCUGGCGGUGUUCAGCGGGGAGUGGCUCGGCAAGCGGAUCUCCCAGAAGGCCGUGGCGUUCGGCGGCGGGGCGCUCUUUCUGGUGUUCGCGCUGAUGAACCACCUCGGCAUCAGCUGAGAGAGGGGGGGAGGCGGGCGCGUGGCCUCCCCAUGGGGGGAGAGCCGCCGCCGCACCCCCCGCGCACGCGGCGGCGCGGGCGCCGGGGCCCGCGCGCCCCGCCGUGGAGAGUCGGGCCGGACGAAGGCCAGGCAUCGAAGACGCUGCUCCUCUCGGCCGCGGCGCCCGUGCACGCUCGCGCGGCCCAGGCUGCCCGGAGUAGAGACGGGCCUCCUUCGCCUGGCUGCCGCCGGGCGCCUCCGUGCUGUCCCCUGGCCCCCGACGUCGCAUUUUUCUUUCAGGGGGGCGACGUUUCUGCGACUCU